AUGGUGCUGUUACUUGGAACAGAAUUGGAGUUUAAUAUUGACCAGCUUAAAACUAGAAGCGUCGAACGACUCAUUUUUCCGUUGAUUAAUCAGGUAACGUCUUUGGCAAACCCUGAAAUUUUACAUACUUUAAAAAGAACUGGUAAGAGUGGAACAGUCCUGGUGGCAGCUGUUGAAGCUUCUAUUGCUAGAUUCGUCGAAAUUGGAAGAAGAGCAAUUCAGGAAUGCCCUAUAGCAAAGGGGAAUGCAGUAGCAGAAUUAAAUGCUGGGAUUAAUCAGUUGGAAGCUUGUGGGAAAGAGGUCGUUGCUGCUGGAAAUGAGUUUGUUGUUGAGACAGGUAAUUCGCAAAAGCGAGCUAGAACAAUCCGUGCCGCUCGGGCGGUGCUUACUCAGGUCGCAAGAAUUCUCAUCAUGGCCGAUAUGGUUGAUUUAUACACGAUAGUUGAUGUCAUUGAUAAGGCUAGAGACGACUUGGAAGCUGUUGUGAAUGCAGAAUCUAAGCAUGAAUUAAAUGAGCGAUAUAAUGCCCUCUGUUCUCAUUUGGACGAAGUAAGUGAAAUGACAAGGCUUCGUGUGAAGGACUUGCGCGAUCCAGCGGAACAAGACGAUCUGCAGGCAAUCAGAGCGUGGGUCAAAGUGAACCAAGACGUUAUUUAUACUUCUUCAGUGGCCUACAUAAGGCACCCAGAAGUAGAUCAAGUGCGUAUGAAUCGGGACUUUUCUUACAUUGAGAUGAAGAAAGCUCUUGAUGCAAUGACAUCGCUUUUGCAAGGCAACCCUAAUGAUUAUGAAAUCAGCCUUUCUCGGUACGGCGUAGUAGGUGAUUUGGUUGCUGAGCUCGACCAGUUUCAGAAUCGGGUUGAGACUCUUGAACCUAGUUCGUACAAAGAACAUCUUCAUAGGCCGGAAUUAGAGGGCUUGCUAGAGCGGAUAGUAAGUGGAUCUGCUGCAAUAGCAGACUCAGAAAAUACCCGUGAUGAAAGGAAAAAGAAAAUUGUCGACGAGUGUAAUAAUCUGCGUCAGGCUCUGCAAGACUUAUUGUCUGAAUAUGAGCGAAAUUGUGGUCGUGUAGAACCUUCGGAAGACUUGUAUCUGGCAGUUUCUCAUCUCGGUCAUAAGGCGAAAGAUUUACGGAGGCAUCUUCGUCGUGCUAUAAUCGACCACAUUAGUGAUGCUUUUAUUGACACCAGCACUCCUCUUAUGAUUCUCAUUGAAAGUGCUAAACAACGGAACCAACAAGCGACUAGUGCUAAUGGGCAAAUGUUUCUUGAACAUUCAGAUAAAUUAGUUCAGGCAGCGUACCUUGCUUGUAGGAUGUCAAACAAUGAAGAUAGCAUUCGUAUUUUACGCUACUCGGCUGAACUAGUAAAAAAACUUUCGCCUCAGGUAGUAAAUGCUGCGUAUUUGCUGUGCGCACGUGACAGUCAAGUUGCAGUGAAUAAUAUGGACGCUUUCCGGGACGCUUGGCUUGCGAAAGUUCGCCUGCUGACCAUGGCAGUCGAUUCAAUAAUUUCACUUGACGAUUUUCUCGCUGUGAGUGAGUCACAUAUUGUUGAAGACGUCAAGAUUGGUAUUCAGGCUGUUAUUGAUGGAGAUAGUAAUAUGCUUGAUCGUACCGCAGGAGGCAUUCGUGGGCGUUCGUUACGCGUCUGUGACGUAGUGGAUGCCGAAAUGGAUGCCGUUUCUGCUGACCCGUAUUCUGAUCGCAUAAAGUUGGCGGUGAAAAUUUUGAGAGAUGAAGUUGUUGAUGAAUUUGCUCAGCGUGCGGAGAGAGUAGUGAAUAAACUUGAAAAGGAAGCUAUGGGAGAGGGCGGGGAAGAUGAUAUGAAAGCGGAUAUCGAUGAAAUCAUUGAAGCGAGUGAACUUGUUCACAACCAGGUUAAGGAAAUUCGGGACGCGUUGCUAAUGAAUAGGAACCCGGAAGACGUCGAUUCCGACAAUGAAUAUGUUGACGAAUCAAGUUAUCCGGAAGGAAGUCGUAUAUCCGAUUCUGAAAAUCAGCAAAACAUAAUGCGUCAACUUCCUGUUGAGGACAAAAAGAAAAUUCAGGAACAAAUUGAUGUUUUUAAGAUAACUCAAAAUCGUUUUGAACGUGAGGUGGCUAAGUGGGAUGAAACUGGCAAUGAUAUAAUUGUAUUGGCGAAGUACAUGUGUGAGAUUAUGAUGAACAUGACUGAUUUUACGCGAGGUCGGGGACCACUGAGGACAACUAUGGAUGUAAUUAAAGCAGCGCAGGAUAUCUCUGAUGCAGGAGCAAAACUAAAUUCCUUAGCUAAACAGAUAGGGGAUGAGAGUGUUGAAAGCGAAACAAAAAAGGACCUUUUUGCUUAUCUUCAGCGAAUCACUCUGUACUGUCAACAGUUGAACAUUACUAGCAGGGUGAAAGCAGACGUGCAACAGGUUGGUAAUGAGCUUAUUGUUAGCGGUUUGGAGUCGGCGAUGUCAUUAAUUCAAACGGCUAGGAAUCUUCUAAACGCUGUUGUACUUACUGUGAAAUCAGCUUAUAUUGCUAGCACUAAAUAUCGAAGAAAGAACACAGCUGCCCCGACUCUUGUGGAGUGGCGCAUGGCUCCUCCACAGAAGAAGCCUUUAGUUCGACCGCAAGAGAAGCCCCUUGGUAUUGUUAGACGCGCUUCCGAGAAGCGACCCUUAGCACCUAUGAAGGUACUUUCGGAAUUUCAUGUAGCUCGUUGA